AUGGCUAAGUCAGAAAUCACAUCUUCUAUAAAUAUCAUCGAUAUUCGCUCGGAGCCAACGGAUGGAGUUAUUCAGAAGUCCCUUCAUGACAGCAUUCGCCAACUACACCAAGAACAGGCAUCCCUUCCGAACUUACUUCUCUGGAAUGAGGAAGGCCUACGUUGCUUCGAAAAGAUCACCUACUCGGACGACUAUUAUCUCACUAGUGAGGAGAUCGAUAUUCUCAGGCAGUCGUGUCACAAAAUUGCGGCUCGAAUCCCCAGUGGGAGCAUACUAGUAGAGUUGGGGAGUGGAAACCUACGCAAAAUCAAAGUCCUUCUCGAUGCACUGGACAGCCAAGGGCGUGACGUGGAUUAUUUUGCACUCGACCUUUCUCUGCCCGAGCUUCGACGGACCCUGUCGCUAGUAUCUACGAACAAUUUCGCCCACGUCCGCUGCUUUGGUUUGUUGGGAACGUAUGACGACGGCAGGAAAUGGCUCCAGAGGCCCGAACAGCAGAAUCGGUCGAAGGUGAUUGCGUCCCUAGGGUCUACACUUGGUAGUAUGCAGCGAGACGCUGCAGCAGAGUUUUUGGCCAGCUUCACCGGCCAGCUAGGUGGAGCGAGCUGUCCUGCGGCCUUCCUACUGGGACUUGACGGCUGCACUGACGGGAAGAGGGUCCACAGUGCCUACAACGAUCCGGCUGGGUUGAAUCGCAAGUUCAUCAAAAACGGUCUGGUCAAGGCCAACCAUCUCCUGGGCUACGAAGCGUUCAGGCUCCAGGACUGGGGGAUCGUUGGUGAAUGGGAUGCCAGCAAGCGGUCCCACAACCAGUACUAUCACGCGUUGACGGACACCCGAGUGGGUAGCCAGGCUGUCCAAGCGAGGACCAAGGUCCUUGCGGUCCAUAGCCUCAAGUAUGAUGAUGACGAUAAGCGCGCUUUGUGGAACAGGGCUGGCGUUAUGGAGACUGAGAGAUGGACCUCGUCAUCGGGACAAUACCACAUUCACCUCCUAGAAAUGCCUCGCAAUUGA